AAAGCAUACUGAGACAGAUUUGAUAAAACAAACCUCAUUUGACGGCAGUUACAAAGAUCAAGUAGUUGAUUUUAGUUCUCAAUUCUGAACAUAUCAGAUACCCUAAUAAGAAUAACCCUUACAACUACGUGUGACCUUAUUUGUGCCAGGUUUACGCACAGACUGAAGCUUACACGGUAUUAAGAAACGAAACUUUUACUAGCUCUCAGGCUGUCAGUGUCACUGACCUGAUCUUUAAGGCCAGGUAAUAGAUUAGAUACAGAUACACGGAAUGCUGCGUUAUACAGACCCAGUUUGGUAAGCACAGAUGCCAGAUGGAAAGGAUCCUCUGAGCUCCAGGGAUAUCACAGAUGAAACCUGCUCCGUUUGCUGAAAGAAGCAAAGUUCUUUGGCCGGCAACCAAACAAAACUGUGUGUGGACGGACGAUUCUUGACCUUCUUGCGUGUUAUUAUCUGUUUUUGUCUAUGCUCUAGGCCGGCAAUGGCGAUAGAAACCAAGCAUCUUCAGCAUCCUCCCUCUGGAAAUUUUCAAUUCGUAGUUCAACAUCAUCCCAUUAUUUUACAGCCACCUCUGAUACAAUCAAUAUAAACUACAAAUUUGAGCUGCUUCUCUUGUGGCUUACACAAGGCCUGUGUCCUAUUUACAAGCCGCACUGCGCCAGUACUGAUGCACAAAAUAACAAGAAGCGUGUGUGAAAUGUGAAGUAACCAAACUGACCAAGUCGAGAGUUCAUAGUUAUUUACAUUAGCAAGCAUAGGAAGAGGUUUUUCAGCUCCUCGCCUCUCCUUCCUUCCUUCCCUCUCCCUCCAGUUUCCUCACCAAGCCAUGAGAUCAAGAACCACAUCUACUUGCUUUUUAGCUCUCCACUUAAUCGUAUCUUUCAAUAUCACCGGUGUCAGUCCUGUGUCUUUCAAGCUGAACUUCACCGAGUCAAACAACAAGGGAGCAACCACAAUCCAGUUUCAGGAGGAUGCCUUCUACAACAGGGCGAUCAGGCUUACCAAGGAAGAGCUGGAUGGCCAGAUUGCUCAUAGUGUCGGCCGAGCAGUCUUCGCAGAUCCGGUGACACUCUGGGAUAGCACCACUGGUCAGUUAGCUGACUUCACAACUCGCUUCACAUUCAUGAUAAAAGCUCCUGUUGCUCAUGGCUCGUAUGGUGAGGGUCUCGCCUUUUUCCUCUCACCAUACCCUUCUGUUGUCCCCUAUAAUUCCACGGAUGGUAAUCUUGGCCUCUUCGGUAGUAGUGCUGAUCAGAGUGAGACAUCCAAUCAGAUUGUGGCCGUCGAGUUUGACAGCCACAAGAACCCAUGGGAUCCAGAUGACAACCACGUAGGGAUCAAUAUCCAUUCCAUCGUAUCUGUGGAUAAUGUAACAUGGAACAGUAGCAUCAAGGAUGGCAAGAUAGCCAACGCAUGGGUAACUUACCGGGCCAGCUCCAGGAACCUGAGUGUCUUCUUGACGUACAAGGACAACCCCCUAUUCAGUGGCAGCUCCUCCCUAUCUUAUUCAGUUGAUCUCAGAAAAUAUCUCCCAGAAAAAGUGGCUAUCGGCUUCUCAGCUGCCACUGGUCAAUUGGUAGAGGCUCAUCAGAUACUUUACUGGGAAUUCCGUUCUACUGAUUUGCAGCUGAAGAGUAAGAAGAUGAAAAAUGUAUUAGUCAUAAGCUUGGCUACUAGUAUAAGUGGCAUAAUCUGUUUUAUGGGUUUGGUUUGGUGCUUCAUGAGUUAUAAAAAGACUAGGAGGACAAGAAAGGAGGAAGAAGAGAAGAUAGAAUAUGAUGAGUCCAUUGACGGUGAGUUUGAGAAAGGGAGGGGUCCAAGAAGAUUUCAAUACAAUGAACUUGUGGCUGCUACAGAGAAUUUUGCUUUGGAGAGAAAACUCGGAGAAGGAGGCUUUGGAGCAGUUUACAAGGGUUUCUUGAAGGACCGAAACCUCAACAUCGCCAUAAAACGAGUUGCCAAAGGAUCAACACAGGGGAAGAAGGAGUACAUCUCUGAGGUUAAGAUCAUCAGUCGGCUGAGGCAUAGGAACCUUGUACAACUUGUGGGCUGGUGUCAUGAGCAUGGGGAGUUCUUGCUCGUGUAUGAGUUCAUGCCAAACAGGAGCUUGGACACACACCUAUAUGACAAUUACAACCUGUUAGCAUGGCCAUUGCGGUUCAAGAUCACCACUGGUGUUGCAUCUGCCCUCCUGUACCUCCACGAGGAGUGGGAGCAAUGUGUUGUGCACCGUGAUGUCAAGCCAAGCAACGUGAUGCUUGAUUCUUCAUUCAGUGCUAAGCUUGGGGACUUCGGACUGGCACGUCUUGUAGACCAUGACCGAGGCUCGCAGACUACAGUGAUAGCUGGCACAAUGGGUUACUUGGCUCCAGAGUGCGUCACCACUGGCAAAGCAAGCAAAGAAUCUGAUGUAUACAGCUUUGGUGUUCUUGCAUUGGAGGUUGCCUGUGGAAGGAGGCCUAUUGUGCUAAAGGAAGAUGAUGACAAGAUCAAUCUGGUUCAAUGGGUGUGGGAUCUCUAUGGAAGAAAUGAGAUCCUUAAUGCAGUUGAUGGGAGGCUUGAUGGUGCAUUGGAUGAGCACGAAGCCGUGUGCUUGAUGAUUGUGGGGCUCUGGUGUGCACACCCAGACUACAAUUUCCGACCUUCGAUCCGCCAGGUCAUAAGUGUAUUGAAGUUUGAGGCACCAUUGCCAAGCCUUCCACCAAAGAUGCCUGUGGCAAUGUAUUUUGCACCACCAAUCCAUCUUUGCAGGUUUUCCUACACCUCGUCUGAUGGAACACAAAAGGAACUGGAGGGGUCCAACGUUUAUGCAAAGACAACAAGCUCGUCCAGCGCAACCAAUGCUUCUAGUUCACCUCCCUCUGUUCACUUACCACAGAUGGGUUACUAAGUCUGUCAACUUCCCUUUUAUUAUAUGCUAAAUAUGUUUAAUUGUGUUUUGUGCCAAUGGUAUUUGAGAGGCACACAGCCAAAAUACUUUUAUUGACUUUAUCAGGAUGUUUACAGCUUGUGUAUAGGCUGUCAUGGACAUAACUAUUAUGUACUGAAAUGCUCCUGGCAAUGAUUAUUUUUAUGUAAAUGCAGUAAUCUAGGUGAAGCUAUAACAUUCAUCUACCAACUAGACUUCUGUGCUGGUCGUUCUUAUAUUGUUCAUCAAUUAGAAA